AUGGCAAUUUACUUUGGAGUUACCUCAGCAGUGUUUUUCAUCUGGAUUAUGACAUUCAUGGCUCAAAACUACUUUAUAAAAGGUUCCAUUCUUUCACCUUGCAGGAUCACAGGUGUAGGAAUUUAUCUUGAGGAGAAAGUGAAUUUCUCUGAAGCAAGUAAUGCAUGUAAUCAAUUGAAUCUACAACUAGCAAGUAAAGACCAGGUUGAAAAGGCUUUGAAACAUGGCUUUGAAACAUGCAGCUACGGAUGGGUGAAAGAUGGAUUUGUUGUCAUUCCUCGGAUAACAUCCAACAAGAAAUGUGGUAAGGGCAAUGUUGGACUAGUGCCAUGGUAUGCUGAACCCUUUAAAACAUUUAAGGUUUACUGCUUCAAUUCCUCAGAUGUUCAGAUUAAUUCAUGUUAUCCAGAUCCAACUACAACCAUACUACCUUCUUCAAGUGCACCAACAGACUCAUCUGCGUAUUCAGGUUCUGAUUUGACUGAGAACAUCACAGCAGUGCCUAGUGUGACUGAGUCAGAAAAAUCCCUGAAAAACAUAAAAUUUCGUGUUAUCUGUAUAACUGAAACAAUAUUGCCAACAGAGGGGACUACAACAAAAAUGCCAGAGGAAAACUCACUGAUCGACUCUCCUAACUACACUUCCCAUGCUGCCUUUAAGAAUGAUGCCAUUGUCUUUGGAGGUAUCCCCACUGCACUUCUUGUACUGGCAGUCAUAUUCUUCAUUAUUUCAGUUGUUCUAGCAGUCUGCUAUAUCAAAAAGUACAAGAAAACCUUCCCAUUUUCAAACAAGAAUCAGCAAAAAGAAAUGGUUGAAACUACUGCUCUCAAAGAGGCUAAGUCAAAUGACAAAACAUCUGAGAAGGAAACAAAGAAUAAUGGAAAAAAGGCAGAAGAUUCUAAAACCAAGCCUGAGGCCACAGUAAAAUGUCUAGAAGCAGAAGUUUAA